UUACCUCUACACAGAAAAAUUCCACAGAGAGAGAGAGAGAGAGAGAGAGAGAGAGAGAGAAUAUGGGUGUGGACAUACAGGGAAGGCUUCGUCUAGCUCUUGGCUCUGUGAAGGACCAUGCCUCCAUUGGAAAAGCUCUGAUCAUGUACUAUCACCAACAACAUCAUGGCCUUUCCAGCAUAGAGAUCGCAGUUCUGCGAGCCACAGGUCAUGAUAAUGGCGCCAUUGAUGACAAGUACAUGCAUGAGAUCCUCUUCCUCGUCUCUAACUCCCCAGGUUCCAUCCCUUUUCUCGCCGAGAAAAUCUCUCGCCGGCUCAACAAAACCAAGGACCGUCUCGUCGCGCUCAAGACCCUCGUCCUCAUCCAUCGUCUUCUUCGAGGUGGAAAUCGCUGGUUCGAGCAAGAGCUCUGCAAAUCCCAUGUCUCAGGCCAUCUGCAGAUCAGCAUGAGGUGUUUCUGCACAAAGAACAGCUCAUCAUCAUCAUCCUCAUCAUCACCAGACCAUGCUUGUGUUUGCUUUCUGCACCAAUAUGCUUCUUAUCUUGAAGAGAGGAUGAACUGGCUGAUCAACCAAGCAGGGAAGCUCGAACCGAUCAUGUCUAAAGGGUUAGAGUUCAGAAGAUACGAUGAGAAAUCCAUUGACAUGGUGUUUAGAACUUUGCCAAAGUGUCAAGUUCUCAUUGACAAGGUAUUGGAUUGUUCUUCAGUUGGUGAUGUUUUAGCUUAUGACAGCUUGGCUCAAUCUGCUAUGAGCAAUACUCUGAGAGAAAGCUUUCAAGUUUACAAAACCUUCAGUGAAGGUGUUUCAGCUCUUGUGAACAUGUUCUUUGAUUUAACAGCUUCGGCUAGAGGCUUGGCCUGUGAGAUACUGAAGAAAGCUUCUGUACAGAGCCAGAAGCUUCAUGAACUGUACCAGACCUGUAAGAAGAUAGUGGAGAACAAGAACCUGGAAUACCCAAGUGUUCAGAUUAUCAGUAUGGAUCAUAUAAUGGCAUUAGAUCGAUGCUUAUUAGGAGGAGGAGAAGGAGUAAGAAGAAGUAGUAUCUCAAAGCCAGCAAGAAUUGGUCCUAUUUUGGACCAUCUGAGAAGAUCAACUGAGCUGGAAAUAGCAGUAAAACCAGAAAAAGAAAGAGGGAAGAAGAAAGUGAUGAAAGAAGAGAAAAUUGAUAUAAACUUAUCAUCAACUCUAUUCUCAUGGACUGUACUAGAGACCAAGAUAAGCAAAGUCUGGGUUGUGUUUGAGGAUGAAACUCCCAUUAAUAAUGAACCAUCAUCAUCACCACAAGUUCUUUCAGCAGCUCAGUCAAAAUUUGGGGAUGUAAAGAAAAAUGAGUACAGUUCAAAUUCCUGUGUGUUGAUAAACCCAUUUUCAUCUGGCAUUGAUGCACCCUUCUUGUAAAAAAACAAAGGUACAAAAUAUGCCUGAUAAUUAAGCUUGAUGAGGUGUUUCAUAUAGAUAUAGUUUUGGUGAGGUUAAUUGUAUCAAAUAUAUACUGCUAAAUUGUUUCCUUUGUUGUUUGUAUACAUUUUAAGUAAAAAGUACUGUUUGAUAUAUUUUUGAUCGAGAAAGAGGUUGUGUUGAGUUGUUUCCUUUGUUCUACCGUGAGAAUAAUGAGAGUACAAAGUUUUAGAAGGUCAAAACAGAACAAAAGGAAUGUUUUAGUCCCUAUCAGUAUACAUAAUUUUACUAAUACCA